AUGUUUGUUAUUUGUACCAGGUGUAGGCGACGGGGUUCUCGCGUGGACAUGCAGGAGGAUGCUAGCGAUUCUGGUGGGCCUUAUGCAUGUCAGAAGCCGCGCGGUUGGCACGAUGCAGACAGAAAAUGCGGAAACAAUCUCAUCCUGUUGGCGUCUGGGACAGGCCCUUUGUUCAUCAGCCCCGGGCUCUCUGCCAGGCUCACUGACUUACCCCUGGCAAAGGUUACGGCUGAUGAGCGAUGUCGGACAUGGGUAGGGACAUGUAGAGCGAAGGUUCAGGGAGGCGUCCCUGGAGAAGGAAUCCUGGGAAUUGGCGACAUGGGACGUUAUUUUUGGCCUCGGGCUGCAGAUGCCAACCUCGACCAAAUCCAAUCUCUGUUCCUCACCUCAUGCAUUCAGCCCCCCAUUUUUCACAACCUCCCCCGUUUCAACCUCCUACUCAGGGGGUCUCAACCACCACCGCUGAGGUGA